AUGGGGAAACAGCCGGUGAAAUUGAAGGCAGUGGUAUACGCAUUGUCACCAUUUCAGCAGAAGAUCAUGACUGGUCUAUGGAAAGAUCUUCCCGAGAAGAUCCACCACAAGGUCUCCGAGAAUUGGAUCAGCUCUAUUCUCCUCCUCGCUCCCGUCAUCGGAACCUACUCGUAUGCUCAACACUACCAAGAACAAGAGAAGCUAGAGCACAGAUUCUAAGCGUUGGAGAGAUGUUCUGAUUAUACAAGAAUCCUAUUCUUCCUUCUUUUUUUUUUUCAUUUUCCAAAUUGUUUGCAUGAGAGUUUGUUUUCGCCAACACUCAUGAUGUAGAAGCGGAGAGAGUUUGCUUCAUUGCGGGUUUUGGUUGAAUAAAUUUUGUGGAUGUUAUGAAUAACACUACCGUUGAACACGUUUGAAUAAUCUAAUAUUCAGAAGCU